AGGCCGCCCUCGAGACCGACACCUGGGAGGUGGACAAGUGCCUCAUCGCGAGGAGGUACUGCGGCUGGCCGCACAGGGAGAAGCGCGGCACCGAAGGGAUGUUCUGGAUCGACAUCGUGGCCACGGCGCCGUCCUGGCUUCAGAGGCUGUCGCUCGUGAGCAGGGGGGAGGCCUCGAAGCUGCUGCGGGCCAUCCGCCUCACGAGGGUGGCGCGCUUCGCAAACGUGGGCGUCAGGCUCGAGGAGGUCAUGAGCAUGAACGGGCUCAACCUCCACAUCCUCGAGGUGUUGAAGACCCUGGUCUGGUGCUUUCUGACCUUCCACUGGAUGGCGUGCGUGUGGGUCGCGUGCCAGGAGGACGUCGACGCCCCGUCGGAGGACGAGUGUCUGACGCUCGACCCAAGCGUGUGCCACUACGCGCUGGCGGUGUACUGGGCGGUCGUGACGAUGACCGGCACGGGCUACGGUGACAAGGUGGCUGGCGACGUGUUCAGCUACAUCACCUGCAGCCAUUUUUCGUUCCCCUGCUCAUGUUCCUGUCGGCCUUCCUGUGGGCCUGGGUCACCGGAGUCAUGAUCUCCGUCAUCACGGAGCUCACCAGG